UUUAUUUGGUUGCGUUUGGUUUUAAUUUUUUUUAAUUAUAUUUACGUUUUGUUCUAUUAUUAGUAGUUAUUUGUUAGUAGUGUGUGUUAAUUUAUUAAAAAUGUCUAGUAGUACGCCAGCCAGCCGGUAUAUGAGUACUGACGAAAUAGCGCUAUUAAAAGAGCUAGUCAAUCAAUACAAAGACGUCAUAGAAAACAAACAAACCGAUGCUGUCAAUUUUUUACAAAAAAAAAGAACCUGGGAAGCUUUAACUAAAGAAUUUAAUGCACACACAAAAGGUGUACCCAGGACUGUUGAUAAGCUCAAAAAGUGCUGGACAAAUCAAAAAAGUAAAAGAAAAGAAGAAUUGGCCAGGGAAAAACGAGAAAGGAUGUCCACUGGUGGCGGACCCUAUAAAGCUCCAACAGAAGAUGUAAUAGAUGACGUUUUAGAAAAUGUUAACAUAGAAAUUAGGGACACUAUAGAUAGCGAUACUGUUGCGCUUGCUGCUAUGGGAAAUAGUGAAAAUUACGAAUUGAGAGAUGACACUCUGAUACCAACAAAACAUGUAGAACAUCACGAUAUUGAAUUAGAAACAGAAGCGGCGACUUACAACGAGGAAACACCUAAGUUUACCAGAAUCACAACCCUCCAAAAAGAGCUUAACUGUAGGCUAGCCAAACUAGAGGCAUCAAAACAAAAUGAAUCACAACAACAUGAUUUGAAACUAAUAAAUAUGUAUUUCAAUGUAUUGUAUAUUAGUGAUGUUACGAAUGUGAGUUUAGCGGAUGCGGAAUUGGAUUUUUUAAUUCUAAUUUUGCGGAUGCGGAUGCGUAAGCGGAUUUAACGGAUGCGGAGUUAUUGAAAAAAGUUACGUACUAAAAUUUUCAUGAAAAUAAUAUUUCUAUUGUAAUUAAUAAAUUAUUAAUUGGUAAUUAGAAUUAUUUAUUGUAAUGGAGCUCCGUUAAAAUAGAGCGGAUGCAGAUGCGGAUCCUCAAAACAAUGCGGAUUAUCCGGAGUUGCGGAUGCG